UACAGCCGAACCAAGUUACUAACCAACCUCUAGAGCGUAUUGAAAUCAGCUCAUCAGCCUAAAUCACCCGCCAAUAUUGCUGCAAGAAAAUGACACCAAGGCAAACUUCACUGCAUAAAGUUUAUUUUCGGUCUCAUUUCUUCUACAAAAGCUAGAACUAAGCAAUUAGAGAGCUUGAGAGGAACCCAUUAAUCCCAAACCAACAAAGGUACAGAAUUGGGUGAUUUGGGUCCCUUUUGCAAUCAACAAUGCGCCGAGAAGAGAAGCGACGCAAGUUCAAUGAGGCUGUCCUCAACACGCUUUAUCCUCCUCCUUCUCCUCCAUCACCACCACCCAAAGAUGAGGACGUAGACUUGAACAUUUUACGUCAAGACUUUGAACUAGAAAGUGGGUCUUCAGCUACUAGCGGUGAUGAGGAUGGUAAUGGCGAAAGUGAGACUCAGAAGCUUACGAGGGCUCAGCGGAAGAGACUCCGGAAGAAGAAGCUUAAGGAAGACGCUUCUCGACGCAGGCAAAUCAUAGGGCCUCUUUUGCCUUCGACAGUCGGUGAAGGUGAAAAUUGCACUCCAGAUGUUCGACGAAAUGCCUCUGAGGAACCAAAAUGCAUUUGUGUAGGUGAUCAGCCACCUCAAUCUGGUUGCAGUAAUCAGAAGAACAAGGUGAAGCAAAGGAGGAAGGCGAAGAAGCUAGCCAAGGAAGGAGAGCAACAUUGAUGUAUUUCGAUUUGACUAACCGGUAAAGGCUGUGAUUUGGCUUGUUGAAUGGUUAGGGUUAAUUUACAUCGAGGGUUCCAUUUUAUUUUC